GGUUCUUCAGUGCUCAGCCCCAGCUGUGGCUUUCCCAUCAUCCAGGGCCGAAUGUGGAGCCCACAGAGAUGGGAAUUGCAUGAAAGCAUCUGACAGCGACAGAGAGCAGCCAGUUUCUUCCCAGCAGAUAUGGAUGGAGGCAACCAGACUAGAGUCACAGAAUUCUUUCUCCUGGGACUCUCUGGGCAGGCAGAGCAGGAGGAGGUCCUCUUUGGGCUGUUCCUGUGGAUGUACCUGGUCACCAUCAUCGGGAACAUGCUCAUCAUCUUGGCCAUCAACUGUGACGGUCAUCUCCAUACACCCACGUACUUCUUCUUGGCCAACCUCUCUUGCAUUGACAUCUGCUUUUCAUCAGUCACCAUCCCCAAGAUGCUGGUGAACCACGUGUUGGGAAGCAAGCCUAUCUCCUACGUGGGCUGUAUGACCCAGAUCUACUUCUUCAUCACUUUCAUCAACAUGGACGGCUUCCCGGUGAGUGUGAUGGCCUACGACCAUUAUGUAGCCAUCUGCUGCCCGCUCCACUACACCAUGAGCAUGAGGCCCAGACUCUGCAUCCUUCUAGUGGCCACAUCGUGGGUCAUCACCAACCUGCAUGCUCUUCUGCACACUCUUCCAUUCAUGGCCCAACUCGCAUUUUGUUCCAACAAUGCUGUGCACCACUUCUUCUGUGACCCUUACCCUAUUCUAAAGAUGUCUUGUUCUGAUACCUUUGUCCAUGAUUGAUGGUCUUCACUGUGGGUGGAAUGAUAUUUCUGACACCAUUCACAUGUAUCCU